AUGAUGGUCGCUUAUCUGAUCCUUUCCAGCAUCUGGACUGUUGCAUCAGGCUCCGUGCAGGUGAUGCACAGAAAGGUCCAGUCGGUCCAGGCAGGAGGAAACAUUACUUUUUCAUGCCGGUCGGUCAUGAAAGAAGAUGUGCUACAGGUGACCUGGCAGAAGGAGACGGACGGGGCUGAAGACAACAUAGCGACUUACAGUAUGAUGAACGGCCAAAAGAUAGCGAAGGCCUAUGUCGGCCAUGUGAGCUUUGCCCGCAGUGAGUUACAAGUCUCGUCCAUCUCCAUUCAUGGAGUCACCAUCCAAGACGAAGGAUGCUACAAGUGCAUCUUCAACACAUUCCUCUUGGGGGCUGUCACCGGCAGGAUGUGCCUCAAGGUUUACG